UUCGUCAUAUAAAUGAGAUAGUUCUAUGAUUUUAAACGAGUCUUACUACUGUGACAGUUUCUAAAUAUAAUAUAUUGUGAUAAACAAAACGGAAGUGACUCAAGUUGGUACUGAAUAAACACACUUAUUUUAAAGUUAUUUAAGAUGCGUAUGUGUGUCCAUGUGGAAAACAUAAGUAUGACAGGGAAAACUCACUAAAUGAGUUUGAUAAUCAACAGACUAAGACUGUCAAUGAUGAAUCUUCAAUUCACAUUAUUAGAAAGUUUGAUACUUUUUACAAUUGUUAUUUCGCGUUUGACUUUGGAUAAUGUUAACACGACAAAUAUCAUAAAUCAGUAUUCAUCACUGUGCGGACCUAACUACGAUGAAAACAAGAAAACAAUGCACUAUCCACAAAUACCAUGGGCAUAUAAUAUGUGUCCGGUAUGUUAUAACGAUAGCCGUUGUUAUAUUAAUGAUAACUGUUGUCCUCAGCAAGGAUUAAAAUAUAAAAAGACGGAGUGUUUGACAGCAAUUGUUCACUCACCAAACAAUACUUCCACUUUUGGAUAUGAAUAUGAAAUGGUAAAUACUUGUCCGUAUGGCACUGAUGACAGUAUGUUCAACGAAUGUACAAAGCCACGUGAUAUUUACGAUACAAUAAAAUAUCCUCCGGUAACUGACCAGACACACACGUCGUUUAAAAAUCAGUUUUGCGCUAUGUGUAACAAUAUAAAAAAGUUUAUCCCUUGGAAGAUAGAUGUACAAUGUGACAUAAAAUAUGACAUAGUUACCACUUUAAACGACAUUGUCGAAAAAGCACUCAAGAACAAUUGUAUAAUAUCGUUUGUUCCAAGUAAAAAAAUGUACCAUUAUGUGAAAUCAUGUACAGGUCAUCAAUUUAUUGAAGCAUGUAAUGUUACAGGGACGUUAGAUAAUUAUGACAGAGAUAUUGAAUUUGCAUGUCAACUAUUGACUAAUCCUUUCCCGCCAUAUAAAAACAUCUUCUGCCACAUGUGCAAUCCUCCCGAAAAGACAAAUGCACGAGAAAUUGUGUCAUGCAAUGAAACUGGACUUUGGACAACAUACGCAAUGGAUAUAGAAAAGGCUUGUAAUGCUUACGUUAAUGUUGCAACGACAUUUCCUUACAAGAAUAUAUAUUGUUACAUAUGUAAUACGAAUGAAAGCGUGAUAAUGAGAAAUAAAAACAUGUACACAGUGGAUAUACCAAUAGAAGAUGUAUUUACGUAUAACUGGUACACAGAACUUGUAGCAUAUAGGUGGAGGUACGUUUAUGAACCUGAGAUUACAUUCACAGACGGCACUAAACGUUGCAAGAACUUAUACAGACAACUGAAAUACAGAUUUGAUUGUAAAGUUCCCAUUCCGUUGAAUUUAUUGAAUCACAAUAUGUCAAAUCUUCAGUAUUCUAAAGCUCAGUCUUAUCAUUGCAAUUUGACCAGAAACGAUGAGCAAUAUAGAAAUAUUACCUUGUGCGAAAAAGACAGAUGGAAUUUAACAUAUUGUGAUCCUGAUAGUGAGUUUGAAUUACAAUGGGCUUGUGAAACCCAGUUACGCGGUAUAGUUAUGCACAGUGAAAAACUAUCUUACCACUACACAGGCUGUGGAACUCAUCUGAAAGAUUUUUUAGUUUAUAAUCAUGGCAUACCAGUAGAAAUAGAGCAGUAUGUAAAGGAAAACUUAGCUUGUGAUUUAUUUAACUGUAUGGAUGAUCGCAACUUGUACCCUUUACAAUACAUCUUAUGUAAUUGUUGUUCUGUACCAACGACCUAUUUACCUGGUUCAGGUACUUGGGAUAUAUUUAGUCGCAAAUACUUCAUUGCUGACUGUAAAUUGAACGAAAUUUAUGAUACUCUUAAGCAAAGAUGUCGUCAAACUGACUGUUUUCCAGGAAAACAAAUAAUAGGAGGUAGUUGUGAACAAUAUUUACCAACACCGUUAUAUUCUCAACCACUGGCGUAUGUGUUUCCGUUCGUGUUAACAUCAAAAUAUAGUCAUUCAGAAAUAACACAGAUUUUACAGAAUGAUUUCUAUGAAAUGUUCUUUAUUUCAACUUCGUUGUGUAUUAUACCAAAAACCAAAUCGAUUUCCUACUUUGUUCGAAUUGAUAUUAUGAUAUUUAGUAAUGAAUAUAUUGCAAACAUAGAAGAAAUGCUAAUAGAUUACUCUUCUCAUCUUUUGAAAAGUUCGGGCAAAAUGAAUAUAACUGUAAAAUACGAUUAUCAGUCAAUUUCAACUGAUGACAAUAUAGAGUUCGAAAAUAUUACAGCUUGUGUAAAUAGGAACCGCUCCCUUAUAUCUAACUUGUUAGUAUGUCGACACGUUUUAUUUAAACAAAGUGAGUAUAGAUUAUCCCCAAAAAACAAUGAAAUAAUUUUAGACGAUUAUGACGCAAGGUUUCAAUUUAAUCAAUAUCAUAUAGACUCUGAAAAAGUCUUGAGAAUAUGCAUUAAUGAUUUUUAUCGUAUUGUUAACUUAAAUGAUAAAAACGACGUUGUAUAUUUGGCAAUAAUGAUAACAUGCACUGUUAUUUCAGUACUGUGUCUUUUUGCUACUUUGAUGACAUACUGUUUAUUUUCAGCACUUAAAACUCUACCGGGAAAGAAUAUUAUGAGCUUAGUUUUUUCUCUUCUUAUAUACAAUAUACUUUAUUUGAUAUUAAUUCUCGUCCAUGCCGCAGAUACAACAGUGUGUCAGGUUAUCGGUAUAAUUACCCAUUUCUUUCUGCUAUCUACCUUCGGAUGUUUUACCAUGGGUACGGUUCAUAUGUUCAGAAUAUUUGGACACGAUAGUCUUGCUUCGACACUAAAAGCUAAUCAAAGUAAAUACACGUUUAAGAUAUACACUGCCUCCGCUUAUGGAUCUGCCGCUACCAUAGUAGUCAUAAACAUUACCGUUUUGUACAUUUCUACCGGAACUUUUACUGGAUAUGGAUAUAACAAUAAAUGCUUUAUUUCAAAUGUUCAGAGUUUUAUUGCAACAGUUUUGGUACCGCUAAUUGUCACAUUUAUCAUAAACAUCAUAUUAUAUUCAAUAACGACGUACAAACUAUACCAGAAAAUUUAUUCGAAUUCGGCUGUAUCUGCAGUUUCUAAAACGAAUAAAAAAGAAAUAAGCAUCUUUAUUAAACUUUUCACAACAACUGGUUGUUCCUGGAUAUUGUUGCUUAUUAAUUUUUUCGUCAAUAAGACACCAAUAUCAAUAGCGAUAGCCGUUUUAAAUGGGUUCCAAGGACUCUACAUUUUUAUAGCUUACAUUUUCAAUGAACGUAUAUACCAAAUGUAUAAAUCUCAGAUAAUUGGAUUGACUGCUCGAAAAUCGCAGUCAACUAUUAUGACAUCACUCCCACCUUCCCAACAAACAAAUUCAGAAUAAGAUUAUAUAUAUAUAUAUAUAUGUUUAACACUGUGCAUAGUCGUAAGAAAAGUAAAAACGUGCCACUUGUAAACAUCCUGCAUUUCUAUACUGUAGAACUAAUUGAAACCGUAAUAUUGAAGUACAUGAUUUAACAGAGAAAGGAACAACCUCUUCUUAUUAUAAUACUUUUAAGCAUUUUACACAUAGUUUU